AGAGAGCGAGUGCAGGCGAGAGGACUAGUCGACACGUCCUCACUCGUGAACGAUUAAAAUUGGAAUCGGGAAAGACUGGAAAGACUCGCGAGAGUGACCCCACGAAAUGAAGGAGGCCGAUUUGGACGAUCAGUAUGGCCGUUUUCCGGAGAUCAAUCGAUCGGAGGUUCAAAAGUUCAUCGAGUGGAUCCACGCCCAACCGCACAUCUCGGAUAAAUUUUCGGAGGGCGAGGCCCUGCACUUCUUCCACGCCUGCCGCUCCAGCAUGGAAGUGGCCAAGCAGGUCCUGGACACUAACCUCACGGCCCGCACCCACCUAGAUGAGUUCUUCGUGAAUCUCGACUGCGAGCGACCCGAGAUCAGGCGCGCCAUGAGAACUGUCUCUAUUGUACCUCUGCCAGGUGCCACUCCCGAAGGUUAUCGUGUGAUUCUCGCUAAGCUGGAUGACUUGAAUACAUCUAACUAUAACUUUGCAGAUGUUAUGAAACUAUACUGUAUGGUAUUCGAUUUUUGGAUGUAUGAAGAUGGCAUUCAACCGGGGCAUUUGAUCGUGAUCGAUUUGAAAGGCACUUCAUUGGGCCACGUGGCACGCAUAGGCCUUCUACAAAUGAAAAAGUUUCUAUUUUAUUUGCAGGAAGCGGCAGCCAUCAGGCUAAUAGGCUUUCAUUUCAUUAAUAUUGUACCUUUCAUGGACAAGAUUCUGGCUCUGAUGACUCCGUUUAUGAAAAAAGAGCUGACCACUGUACUGCACAUGCACAGCGACUUGAAUCAAUUUUACAAGUUUGUGCCCAAGGAAAUGCUUCCCAAGGAAUACGAAGGUCAAUUAGAGGAGACAAGCUUAGCCAAGGAAGUAUACUACAAAAAGUUGCUGGAUAAUCGAAAAGAAUUUCUAGAGUUUGAGACGCGGCAUCAGGUCAACGAGAAACUCCGACCCGGCAAGGCUAAAAAUGCGUCAGAUCUUUUCGGCAUUGAGGGAAACUUUAAGAAGUUGGACAUUGAUUAAGCCGACCAGUUGGAUAAACUAUUUUUUAUUUCACAGGUGUUUGAUUGAAUAAUUAAAGAUUUCUUUAUAAAA